CGACGACGCGCGGGGGUCUCGGAGCAACUCCGCAGCCGUUUCUCUCUAUUUCUCUCUCUCUCUCUUUUUCGCUCUCUCUCACUCGGGGGAUCCCGUUACCAGACCUCCGACGGCGUGAUUUCCCCUCCCGCCUCUGUCUCAAUUUCCGCAUCUUCCGACGAGCUGCCAAUCGCGCGCUCUUCUGCCCACGCGUCCCUCUGGAUGUUCGGCUUAGUACGUGCCCGACUUAAAUCUCACCUCUCGCGCGCCCGAAAGGGGCGCCGGGCAUCGAUGCCGAUAGAGCCGCCGGGCCGCCCGUGGUGCGGCCUGUGCCCGCGGGGCAGCAGCGCCGGCGCCCUGCUCGAGCAGCUCAGGGGCGACCUGCUGGGCGAGGUGCGGGCCGAGGUGGGCCGGCAGCUGCAGGGCGAGGGCCUCGCGCGGCUGCGGCGGGAGGUGGCCGAGGA